AUGAUUACUUUCAGAAAACCAUCGAAGAUCGCUGCCAUGGCGACGAAAACCCUUUACCUCUCGACCCUCCCUCUCCUCAUCUCCCUCCUUUCCUCCGCGUCCGCCUUCUCUCCGACGGACAACCACCUUGUCAACUGCGGCUCACGCGCCCCAGUUACGCGGGACUUCGAUCACCGGGCCUUUAUCCGCGACGAUUCCCGAUUUCUCACCUCCACGCGGACGAUAAUGAUCGAGUCCUCGGAUCCAGCUCAUGUACCCUCGUCCCAGCUCUACGCCACCGCCAGAGCCUUCGAUCGGCCCGCGCACUACGUUUUCCCCAUCAGAGACCGCGGGACCACCCACCACCUGGUACGCCUCCACUUCUACCCGAUUGAAAACGAUUGCCACAAUCUGUACGAGUCUGAAUUUCAUGUCCUGGUCGACGGAUUUUUGCUGCUGCGCAAUUAUCGUAUCCCCCAAAGCGGCGAUUUCCCCGUGAUUAAGGAGUUCGCCAUCCCGAUCGCCGCGGCCGCCGAUGAGCUGAAAGUUACCUUCGUACCCUCAGAGAAAUCAAAAAUCGGCUUCGUGAACGCCAUUGAGGUGAUCUCUGCGCCGCGAGAUCUGAUUGCUGACGUGGCGCAGCUGGUUGAUUUUGGAAAGAAUGAGAGGGUUGAUGGGUUGUUGAUAAAUGGGUUUGAGACUGUGCACAGAGUGAACGUGGGAGGGUUCAAAGUGACGCCGUUUAAUGAUUCUCUGUGGAGGACUUGGGUCACGGACGACGAGUACCUGAAGUCGACUGAUGGCUUCGAAAAAGUACAUUUUGGGGGUCGAAUCAAGUACCGAGCGGGUGGCGCUAGCCGGGAAGUUGGGCCAGAUAACGUUUACAACACCGCAAGAGUAGUAAAGCGUUCCGAUAAUUCUAUCCCCAAUGUGAAUAUGACGUGGUCGUUCAGUGUAGAAAAAGGCUACAAGUACAUGGUUCGCAUGCAUUUUUGUGAUAUUGCGAGUAUAGCAACUGGCAUGCUUUACUUCAAUGUCUAUAUAAAUGGAAACCUAGCGUAUGGAAAUCUUGACUUGUCGGAUGCAACGAAUUGGCUGCUGGCUUCACCAUUUUACGCUGAUUUUGUGGUUGGUGCUGAAAAUUCUGGGGAUUUGGCCGUGAGCGUGGGCCCUUCGAACAUGAGUUUGCCACGAGCCAUUGAUGGUAUUCUCAAUGGGAUUGAGAUAUGGAAGCUGAAUAAUUCCAUGGGUAGUUUUGAUGGCAUGGUUUGCUCGGAAUCUGUGUGGGGGAGUUGGAAGAAGGGGCAAACGCCAAUUUUGCUGCCUAUGUUUGCGGCUAUUGUCUUGUUGCUAUUUGCAUCAGUGGUUAUACAGAGGAGAAGGAAUAAUGGUGUGAUUGGGUGGUCUCGACUGCCCAUGGAUGUUUCUGAGGAUAAUUUGAAAGGCGGCAAUCGAUUUUCGUCCAUUAAGGCCUGA